AGCCUGGAAGAAAGCCUUGCACAUGGAAAUCAUUUUGUGCUAUUGUUCAUUCAUAGUUGUUCAUCAAGUUCUUUGAGUCUUCAAGGGCAGAAUUUACCUCUAAACAGAAAGAUGGAAACUAAAGUUCAUUUAUUUUGCCAGGGGGAAGAAAAUACUGAUUCAUCAGAUGAUGACUGUAAUUCUUUUGCAGCUGACUUAUUAUCAAGAGAUAUUGACAGCAAAAAGUACAUCAAGUUUUCUAAAAGAAUAGAGAAGAGAAUUUCACCUGAAAUUAGGGGUUUGAACCCAGAACACACAAAAAAGUAUGAAACAUCAAUGUUCCUACUCGGAGAGGAAAAAUCCUCUGACUUUUCAGGAGAAAAAAAAGGCAGGAGGAAGAAGAGUUUACAAGUACAAUUGCAUACUAGAAGAACUGAGGUUGCUCCUUUGUCUGUGAAGGAGAAGAUGACUAGAAAAGAAAGCUCUUUAUACAAGUUGCCAAGUCAGUACAGCAUUCACAAGACUUUGUCACCUCUUGAUAAAUCUUCCUCAGUUAUUCGGAAAGAUGAAAAACUUUCUAACCUUUACCAGACACUAUAUGAUGAAGUACCUGAAGGAUGCUUUUACUCAGAAGAAUUAAGCGCACUUCAGAAAGCCUGUAAAAUUUUUAGUAAAAUUCGAGGUGGUAAGGUUUAUGUGAAUGAUCUGCCAAUGAUCCAUCGAAUCUUGAAGAUCUCUAUAAGUGACACAGAAAUGCGAAAGGCACUGAAGACUAUUGAUAUUGAUGUUAAUGGAAUGCUGGAUUUUUCAGAUUUCCUUAAGGCUGUGAAUAAUGUCUGUUAUUUGGUCUCUCGGAAUCCAGUUAAUGGAAUGCUGGAUUUUUCAGAUUUCCUUAAGGCUGUGAAUAAUGUCUGUUAUUUGGUCUCUCGGAAUCCAG